UUCCAUUCCUUUUAGGAUCAAAGUGCCUAAAUGUCUGUGACCAUCUUUACCCUGCCUGCAGAAAGAUCAGGGCAGGCUUGAGCCUUUGAGAAACUAAGCAGUUUAUGUAGCGCCCCUGGCGAAUGUUGAAAAGCCAAGGUCCAGCAGUUCACCUGGCAUGGGAAAGGGUGGAAUGGGACGUUUUCAAUUGCUUUUCAUCGACAGAGUCUGCCUACGGCGCAAAAAGGGGGACUCCUCCUGCUGUACGGCGGUAGGCUUGAAAAUGGCUGCUCCCAGCAAGCAUCCCUUGGGCGCAACAUAUUGCAUCAUAAAGGCACGGCCCGCGCCGGUUUCCGAGUCUCUGGAAAAACGCGGUGUGACCCUAGACGGCCGCCAUCCCUAAAGCCUGCGAGGGUCGCGUUUGUAGCGUGCGGGGGUCGCGGGGUGGCUGGCUGAGGUGAGCGUUUAGAGAUUUAGGGUCCGUGACUCGCCUCCAGCGGUGGCGACAGAGGUCAUUGGUCAGUUGAGCAUUUUUGUCACCUGUAAAUAAUUUUAACCAGGUGGCAAGUGUAUAUGGAAUAAGAAGAACCUGUUUCUGCCUCUAACUUGGUGGAAAUAACAGGAAACACAUGAAAAAUGCCAUGAUUAUAAUGUCUGUGAGGAGAGAGCAAGGCAGUUCUUCAGGGCAGGGAUUAUUGUCAUUCGAAGAUGUGGCUGUGGACUUCACCAGGGAGGAGUGGCAAUUUUUGGACCCGUCUCAGAAGGUCUUGUACAAGGAAGUAAUGUCGGAGAACUACAGAAACCUCGUAUCAGUAGGUUUUGUUAUCCAGAACACAAGACAUGCAGGAAAAGAUUCUGAUGCAUUUGGUGGAUAUGGGAAAUCAUGCCUCCAUAUCAAGCGUGACGAAACCCUUACUGGAAUUAAAUACCAUAGAUGUGUUAAACCCAGUAGCACUAAAUCACAGCUCAGUGACCAUCAAAAAAUGUAUGCAGGAGAGAAACCACAUGAAUGCAGUGUGUGCGGGGGAGCCUUCUCCAGGAAAGCACAGCUUAUUCAACAUCAGAGAACUGAGAGAGGAGAGAAACCCCAUGGAUGUGGUGAAUGUGGGAAAACAUUUAUGAGGAAGAUUCAGCUCACUGAGCAUCAGAGAACUCAUACGGGAGAGAAACCCCAUGAAUGUAGUGAAUGUGGAAAAGCCUUCUCCAGAAAGUCACAGCUCAUGGUCCAUCAGAAAACCCAUACAGGAGAGAAACCCUACAGAUGCAGUGAAUGCGGAAAAGCCUUCAGCCGGAAGUGCCUGCUCAAUAGACAUCAGCGAUCCCAUACUGGAGAGAAACUCUAUGGGUGCAGUGUGUGUGGGAAAGCCUUUUCCCAGAAGGCAUACCUCAUUGCACACCAGAGACUUCACACAGGAGAGAAGCCUUAUGAAUGCAGUGAUUGUGGAAGAACCUUCUAUUUUAAGUCAGACCUCACCAGACAUCAGCGGAUUCAUACAGGAGAGAAACCUUAUGAAUGUAGUGAGUGUGAAAAAGCCUUUAGAAGCAAGUCGAAGCUCAUUCAGCAUCAGCGUACUCACACUGGAGAGAGACCAUAUUCAUGCAGCGAGUGUGACAAAGCCUUUGCCCACAUGUCAGUCCUCGUUAAACAUCAGAAAACUCACAUAAGAGAGAAAACCAUAAAUUCACUGAAGGUGGAGAAACCUUCUUCCAAGAGUCAUACCUCCUUGUACAUGAGUGAACUCAUACAAGAGCAAAACACUGUGAACACAGUACAUGUAGAAAUGCCUUCCUCAAGAACCCCUCCAUUGUUAAACAUCAGUGAGCUCCUAGUGGGUAGAAAUGUAGUGAUUAUGGAACCACCUUUUCCAAGAAAUCAAGCCUUUGUAGUGAAUCAGGAAUUCGAACAGGGAAUAAGCCUUGCAAAUGAAGUAAAUGUGGCCCCACCAGUAAUAAAUUAUAUCUUGUAUCUUACAGAUACUGUAUAAGAAUAAAUCUUCUGAUACCAGAAAGGUGGGAAAAUCUUUAGCAGGAAUCCUCCAACCAUUAUAUGCCAGAUAGCUCAUUUAGGGCUGAAAUUAUGGAGGCACUGGUGGUGGAGGACAUUUCUGUGAGAAGCUAAACCUGUUAAACACCAUUGAAAUCAUGUUGGAUAGAAAUGCAGGUGUUAUGAGGAAGCCCUUACCUGGAGAUGGUAUCUCAAUUGGUAUCAAAAGAAUUCUUACAGGAAUGUUUAUGAAAGAUUGUGAUGGUGUUUUUAGUGCUAAAUUGUGCCUCGUGUGUUAAAGAAACAGACAACUUUAGAGGCAAUGGAGAUGGAAAACAUUUUUGUAAAAUUUUUAUGGGAGAAUUUAUAGAAAAAAAGUCUUGAAAGUGAGACAUGAUGGAAACUCACCAAAUUAACACAUGUAUCACACUUUUAUGCCUUGAGAGUCUUGGAGGGACAUGUUUAAUAAAUGACAUCUUGAGCCCCAGGAAUAGUAUUAUGUAACGAAAACCUAUAAGUAUAAUAAAUAUGGAAGUAAAACUGUUAGUUUCUUAUGGUUUCUGCACCAAGCUAACACAGAUUUGAUGGCUUAAAGUGACGCAAAAUCAUUAUCCUACAGUUCUGGAGGUCUGGAGUCCAAAUGCAUCUCACAGGGCUAAAUCAAGCUGUUGACAGGGCUGCUUUUCUUUUCGGAGGCUCUAGGGGAGUGUCUUUCCUUGCCCUUCAAGCUUCUAGAAGCUGCCCAAAUUCUGUGGUUUGGGGCCUCCUUUCAAAACCAGCAGUGACCAGUCAGUCUUAUAUCACUCAUCACACUUGAAUGUUCUGUCUCUCUCUUCCAUGUUUCAGGACCCUUGUGAUUACAUUGGGAAAACCCAGAUAAACCAGGAUAAUCUCCCUAUCUUAAUAAUUAUGAUCCAAGUAUGUUAAAAUUUUUAUUGUAUAACCAGAGAAUCUUAUGGUCGUUACCUGUGAACAUUAUAGAUGCUCUUGAAAUGUUAAAGUCACGUCAGCACUGGAAAAUAACUCCUAAAUGUCCAGAAAGAACAUGAGAUUUAUGAUGCUUGAAA